GUUAGCCUGAAUCAUCAUAUAAUUUAGCAUUAACUGACUAAUUGUAUCAUGGGGGGUUUAUAUACUUAGAUGGUUGUUAAUAUGCUCAUUCGAUUGAUAAACUUAAAGAAUCAAUCAAGAACUUAAAGAAGAAUAUAAUCGAUGUUUCCUAGCUGCAGCCCCUCCAGCUUAUUUGUGAUUAGCAUUAGCAUUAGCAUACCACGUGUUAUAAACCAUCUGGAGACUUUAAUGAUGCACUUUAUGAUUAUUCUGCUCCUCUUUAAACCCGCUGCUGAGGCCUGUGAGGACCAUGAGGAUAAUGAGGACCGGGGAACCAGCAGCACCGAGGCCGUGUUGCUGUGCAGGACGUGCGGACACGAACUGUCGCGCGGGACCGACAUCCACUUCGUCCCCAGCCGGCUCGCGCUCUCCAGCAGGAACCACACGCUGCCCAGGGGGUCGGGGGGUCCACACCCAGGGGGUCGGGGGGUCCACACCCAGAUGUUCCAGAACCCCCACGGACUCCAGUUUGAGGUGAUGACGUUCAGGAAAGCGGACGUGACUCAUCACUGGCCUGCAGAGAAACACUUCUCGUGGUUCCCGGGCUUCUCGUGGACCGUGUCCACCUGCCCACGGUGUAAAACUCACUUAGGUUGGGGUUUCCAGCCGAGUACCUGGCCGGACACGAUCACCACGACCACGUUUGAGGAGUCUGAGGAAACCUUCCUGGCUUUAAUCACCCAUCGUCUGUUGAGUGAAGACUUUGCUUCCAGUCUGCUCGUGACUCCAAAAUCCUUCAUGAGCUGACCGACUGUUUGAUUGUACGAUUACCCAGAGGACUGACGGAGCUGAGACGCAGCGGAGCCAGAGGAAGAACACUGAAUAAAGUGAAAACACAUCAGCUCUGCUGCUGUGACGGACCGAACACACAUCUGGUGAAAUUUAGGGUUAAAUUCAGAGAUAACAGGUUUUUUUUUUUAUACCCAUGAAGCGUUGAGGGUCAAAAUGUGCAAGCUUGUAGUUUUUUUUUUCCAUUUUGUUCUUUAUUAAAAAUGUCAUUUCAAAUCUCAUGGAUAUCUGUAAAACAAUACAAUGAAAAAAAAAAAAGUCCCAUAGAAAUGGUGUCAAAAUAACCACUCUCCCCAAUAACCAACA